GCGUGACUUUGAGUACUGUAAGCCAAUCCGCUGCGUCCAUUCUGUGAAGGGGGCGUGUCUUCCACUCAGCGUCAAGAGAAACCGAAGCUAACCCGAAUAAACAACUCAGUUAGCCUCUGAGCUAGUUAGCAUCUCCUGACAUGGCGUCGUUAGCGACAGAAGCAGCGACCUGUCCGGGUUCAAUACCCGCAACAGAGUCCAUAGUGCCGGCUUGUAUGUUCGCACCGGACCGGGGGGGGUGUGCGGAUGAUCCAUCCGGAUCAGAGGGCUUCGAGGACGGCGACGGGACCAACGGAGAGUCCGCGGAUCAUCUAGAUUUAAGCAGCAAGCUGGUCCUAGUGAGUCCAACAGCUCAACAGUACGAUUCGUUACUACGGCAUCUGAGGGAGCAGAUAGAUGAGGGCUGUGGAGAGACAAUCUAUGUGGUUGGGAUGGGCUCAGACGGGGGUGACUACGGUCUGGAUGAGAAGGACAUGGAGGCGUCGGUCGCCACGGUGCGGUCGCUAUGUGAACAGAUCGAGGCUGACCUGAUCUUGCUCAGAGACAGGACAGACGCUGGCGGAAAGAUUCGGGACUACCUCAUGCGCCGGCGUGUGGGCGAGGAGGAUUUCCUGGAAGUCAGAGUGGCGGUGGUAGGGAAUGUGGACGCAGGGAAGAGCACUCUGCUGGGGGUUUUGACCCAUGGUGAGCUGGACAACGGCAGAGGCUUUGCUCGCCAGAAGCUCUUUAGACACAAACAUGAAAUGGAGAGCGGCAGGACGAGCAGCGUCGGCAAUGAUAUCCUGGGUUUUGACCAGGAGGGACAGGUGGUGAACAAACCAGACAGCCACGGUGGCGGCCUCGACUGGACCAAGAUCUGUGAGAAAUCCUCCAAGGUCAUCACCUUUAUUGACCUGGCUGGCCACGAGAAAUACCUCAAGACUACCGUCUUCGGCAUGACGGGACACCUGCCUGAUUUCUGCAUGCUCAUGGUUGGCAGUAACGCCGGCAUCGUUGGCAUGACCAAAGAGCAUCUGGGUCUGGCUCUGGCCCUGAAUGUGCCGGUGUUUGUAGUGGUUACCAAGAUAGACAUGUGUCCAGCCAACAUCCUGCAAGAGACGCUAAAAUUAUUGCAGAGGUUAUUAAAGUCACCAGGCUGCAGGAAAAUCCCCGUGCUGGUCCAGAACACGGAUGAUGUCAUCGUCACAGCCUCCAACUUCAGCUCUGAGAGGAUGUGUCCAAUUUUUCAAAUCUCAAAUGUGACGGGGGAGAACAUGGAACUGCUGAAGAUGUUCCUCAACCUCCUCUCUUCCAGAACGAACUUCAACAACGAUGAGCCUGCUGAGUUCCAAAUAGACGACACAUACUCAGUACCGGGAGUGGGCACAGUAGUUUCAGGGACUACGUUACGUGGAAUGAUACGACUCAACGACACGCUGCUCUUAGGCCCAGACCCGCUGGGCACCUUCAUCCCCAUCGCAGUCAAAUCCAUCCACCGAAAGAGGAUGCCUGUCAAAGAGGUCCGCGGUGGACAGACGGCAUCCUUUGCCCUCAAAAAGAUCAAACGUUCAUCGAUAAGGAAAGGCAUGGUGAUGGUUUCCCCGAAGUUGAUGCCACAGGCCACCUGGGAGUUUGAGGCUGAGAUUCUGGUGCUACACCACCCCACCACGAUAUCACCGAGAUACCAGGCCAUGGUCCACUGUGGCAGCAUCAGGCAGACAGCCACCAUCCUGACCAUGAACAAAGACUGUCUGCGGACAGGGGACAAGGCAGCAGUCCACUUCCGCUUCAUUAAGACCCCCGAGUACCUACACUGUGACCACAAACUGGUGUUCAGGGAAGGACGCACUAAAGCUGUGGGCACCAUCACCAAGCUUCUCCAAGCAGUGAACACCCAGGCAGCGAAGGCCCAGCAGGCCAAGAUGCUUUCCAGUAAGAAGACUUUUAAAGACGGCACAGCAGCCAAUGAGGAGGCUGGAUCGACAGCACGACCGCUUAGUCCGAACUCAGCACAGCUAGCAACAGUGGCAGAGGAGGAGGCUCUAUGUAAAGAUGGCAACAAAGAGAACAAGCUCAAGUCGGGAGGUGGAGGACGCCGAAGAGGGGGUCAAAGACAUCGAGGGAAAGCCCUGAACACUCCAACAAUCUCUACAGCAGUUCCUGCAGGAGCAGCAGACGGCACCAGGGUAGUAGUCCACGUACUGUCACGUCAGUCACAUGGAGAAGAAGACUGUGGUCAGUAGUUGGAUAAACAUUAUUUAUAUAGCUCCUGAGACUGACAGUUUGAAUUUACGUUGUGAAUUGACUGAACUGAAAGAGAAUCAAUGCUAACCGUAGGUGUAUUCAUGUCCGUGACAUGAAGCAAAAAUUGAAAUAAAUCGCACCUGCUAGAUGCUCGUUGAAUUUUGUCGUUCUAAUGCCGGUUUACCCUCGUUAAAUAAUCCUCUGGAAAUCACAGUCUAAAGAUUUGCUUUCCUGGUGUAACAGGGUUUAAUGAAUAUUGUUGCCAGGCUACAGAAAAGUCAUUGCCCGUCAUGAAACAUUUAUAACUCAUAGAUAAAGAGCAAAAGCAGUCUCUUAUUCAUUUGAUCUUACAUGGCCUAUGUUUAAUCAUCCUGCCAUAGAAAGGUCAUCUUUUAUCAUAGUUAGCCCUUACUUUUGGAGCCAAGAGAAAAGCGCGACAUGCCCUUGCUUUUUUUUUUUUCCCCCCAAAGUAAUGUCAAGUGUCAAAGUGUGUUAAGAUGGCACAAGUCCUUGUGAAGUGGCCUACUUAGUUUAACGGAAAAAAUAUCGUAAAGGGGUAGUUCAGGUGUUUCUCAGUGGGGUUGUAUGAGGUACGUGUAUAUAGUCAGUGUAUUACCUACAGUAGAUGACGGUCGGCACGCUCCCAGCUUGGAGAAACAGACAGGAGUACCAGCACGGGAGCAAAGUAACGUACUGCUGUGAAAAAUCAAUAACAUUUUAAGUGUAUGCUAUACUUACACACAUUUACACUGCUUUUCCUUGUUGUCAAACAGCUGUUUCGAACGGUGAACUGAAGCCGUUAUCUAUGCUCUUGCCAAAGUCACCAGACUCCAUUGAAAUCAAUCUUUUAGUUUGUUUGUGUUAUUGUGUGACUUUGGUUAGUUUGCAUUCAUCAAAGUCACACAAUAAUACAAACAAACUAACCGAUCGAGGCGGCAGUAGACGAGCAACUCCUGUAUUCUGCAAGGUAAAUCUACUGUUUAUUUCAAUGGAGUCUGGAUGCUUUGGCUAGAGCAUAGAUAACGGCUUCAGUUCCCUGUUGGAAACAUGGACUGUAUAGCAGUCUCUCAUGGCAAGGUAAACCGGCGAAAAUAUUCUGAAUAUAGCACACUUAAACUGAUAUUGACUUUUAAGGUGUCUAAAAUACAUUUUGCUGCCGGCCCCGUCCUGUAACUCCUGUCUGCUUCUCCAAGCUGGGGACGUGCCGACCAUCAUCUACUGUAGUUGAUACACUGACUAUGGAUAAGUACCUCAUACAACCCCACUGAGAAACAUCCAAACUAUCCCUUUAACCCAGGCGGCACAACUUUCUUCCAUUUUGAUGCAGUCUGACCACCAAAAAAUCCAGACGCUGAUACUCUCAUGCACAACAAUUAUUCAUUCAGCAGCGGUGACGCACACCUUAAAUGUCAAAAAAGCCGAGUAAGAACAUGAUGAAAUGAUGCUACUGUGACUUUGAGUGUAUUAUCUCUUUGUGCUCCAUAUGAAUGGUCUAAUCCAAAUCAGACAGGAAGCCGAUGUUUUUCACGUGACAAGAGAUUAAUCUUUUUUUGGUACACACUACAACAGCUCCAGUAGUCAAUCAGCCAGAUAAACUGUGUGACGUUUUUGUUAAGGGUCUAAACACAGCAGCCGAUAAUGCACAAGUUAAUAAUGCAAGUCAUCUCAGAUCGUCUCUAAUAAGCUAACAUAAAUCAGUGAUCACAUCGAACUAAACUAAAAACUAAAUCGAGUUGCCACGUUUUAUUGCAACAGACAGCUACAAUCUUAUGUUUGCAUUUUUCAACUGGUUUAAUCAAGUUAUUGAUCGUCCUCUUCCCAGUUUUGAGGUUAUAUUGGGAAACUAGUUUUAUCGGGUGUAACAAUUUCAAGUUUUUUUUUGCUUCUUCAAAAGCCCCAAUGUCCCCUUCAUAUACAUACUAUGAUUUCAUGCCGGUCAGUCUGCUCUUACGAGUCUUUUGGGCCACUGAAUUACCCAUUUUAUGAAGAUCACAAACCUACUGAACUGCCAGAAUAUUAGCAAUUACCAAUUGUUUUUUUUUUCUUUUUUGAAGGGACACAUUUUGUGUAUAUGUAUGAACAACGUUGUGCAGAAGAACUAAGGAUACAGUUUGUGUUGUAAAUCCUUUUAAAAUAAAGAUGUUACAGAAAAUUGA